CCUGUGGUUGUAUUUUGUAAAACGAGAUUUUUACAUCGAGAAAAUGCGUGAAACUGGAGAGAGAUCGCAAGACAGCCAGAAGAUCUCAGUAUCUGCGGAAAAAUGAGUACCGUAAUUCCAAAUAUCGAACGACUUUCAGCUCGAAUCAUUCGAGUUUUAGGAUGUAACCCUGGACCUAUGACUCUUCGAGGCACCAAUACAUACAUUGUUGGCACUGGUACAAGGAGAGUGUUGAUCGACACUGGUGAAGAGAACAAACCUGAAUUUCUCAAGAAUCUGAGGAAUACCCUGGCUGAGAAUGGGACGUCGAUACAAGAGAUUCUUCUCACUCAUUGGCAUCACGAUCAUGUAGGUGGCAUUGCUGAUAUCUUUCAAGAACUUCAGUUAGAGAAUAAUGUCAAGGUUUCAAAGCUGCCUCGCCACCCAUAUCAAGCAGAAACAGUUAACGGAGAUAAGCUCACAUACAACUACCUUCAAGAUGGAGAGAAGGUCACAACAGAGGGCGCUACAUUGAGGGUUGUCUACACACCAGGUCAUACUGAUGACCAUAUGGUGUUAGUAUUGGAGGAGGAGAAUGCUGUCUUUACUGGUGAUUGUGUGUUAGGAGAAGGCACAGCUGUGUUUGAAGACCUGUAUACCUACAUGAAAUCACUGGAAUUGCUCGUCUCCAUCAACCCCUCUCGGCUUUACCCUGGCCAUGGUCCCAUAGUGGAUGAUGCCGUGCCCAAGCUCCAGAUGUACAUUGAUCAUCGUAACUUGCGGGAGAGCCAGAUCAGUGCGGUCCUUCAGGAACAUGAUGGCAAAGACAUGGAUGCCAUGGAUCUGGUCAAAAUCAUCUAUACCGAAACACCAGAGAUCCUUCACCCUGCUGCUGCAAGGAAUGUCUCACAUCAUCUAGAGAAACUACAGAAAGAAGGAAAGAUUGGUAAGAUAAUUGGCAGGGAUUGCAAUGAUAAUAGCCAAUUUUUAUAUAGUGCUUUUCCAAGAAUGGCUCAAAGCGCUUUACAGCAU